AUGGCGCUAAUGUUGCGGUUUAUUGAUCAUCUUUGUCAAGACGACCGCAAAGAACAUCGCUACGGACAUCUGAAUAUACGAGAACUUGAUGAUUCAACAAUGGCGUUGACGAGAAUCGUCCAGAAGGAAGCAUUCCCGAAGGAUUUCGAUUGCCUGGAAGCUGGAAAGGUAAUUCAUAAAAAUAGUCAACUUAUCACAUAUUCUGUGUUCCCAGACAAAUCACGGUUCAAGGUGCUACGAGUUGGCGGUCGGAGCCGUCAUGCGACGUGGAUGCCAUUGAGUCAACGACAUCCCAUGGUGCUACCAUCUCGACAUCCGUUCACACAUGCUAUUGUUCGAGCUUACCACAGUGAAUCCCUUCACGCUCCUCAACAGUUGCUGCUUAGCAUACUGCAACGUCGGUUUUGGUUGGUACAUGGCCGCAGCACAGUACGAUGGGUACUCAGACGGUGUGUUACUUGCUUCAAGGCGAAGCCGGUGAUAAUGCAGCAAAAGAUGGGUGAUUUACCAAAGUCCCGUUUGGAAGGCGGCUUUGCAUUCCUGAAUGCUGGGGUAGACUUCUGCGGGCCGAUCUACAUUCGUCAGCACAAUAAGCGAUCAACGAUCACGUACAAGGUGUAUGCGGCGGUGUUUCUAUGUUUCACAACAAGAGCGAUCCACCUGGAGCUGGUUGGGGAUAUGACGGCAGAUGCGUUCAUCGCGGCCUUGCAACGAUUCAUCUCACGCAGAGGUAAAUGUGCGAAAUUAUUUUCCGAUAAUGGCCUUAAUUUUGUUGGUAGCAAAAACAAGUUGAGGGAGAUGUACGACAUGUUCCAGUCCCAGCUCUUUAAGCACAAGCUGGACGAUUUCUGUUCAAAAACGGCCAUCGAAUGGCAUCUGAUCCCGCCCAGUGCUCCACAUUUUGGCGGCCUCUGGGAGGCCGGGGUUCGAUCGGCCAAAUAUCACCUCAAGCGAAUUACUGGCACUGCCAACAUGAACUUCGAGGAAUAUAGUCCAGUACUUACUCGAAUUGAAGCUGUGCUUAACUCGAGGCCAAUCACGCCGAUGUCAGUGGAUCCGACCGACACACAACCUCUUACUCCAGGACAUUUUUUGGUCGGUCGCCCGUUGACCGAUAUCGCCGAACCUGACGUCACCGACCGCAAGGAAACGACACUUUCUCGUUGGCCGCGACAGACGCAAAUGGUACAGCAUUUUUGGGCUCGCUGGUCCCACGACUAUAUUACAACACUACAGAAUCGAAAUAAAUGGCACAAACGUUUCGCUGUUAAACCGGGGCUUAUGGUGAUCGUACGUGAAGACAAUAUUCCGACAAUGCAGUGGAGACUAGGGAGAAUCAACAACGUCAUUCCGGGCCCAGACGGCUUGGUGCGAGUGGCCGAUGUUCGUGUGGGUGGAAAAUGA